UUCCGCGGAAGGGAAGAGUCCCGCAGUCAGAGGCGGCCGGCUGGGCGUGCGCUCGCUACCCGCAGCCGGGAGGGCUGGAGCCGGACGACAGCUGGGACCCGGGCCGGGCUGGGGACAGCGGGCGAGGGGCAGCGGCCGGAGCCAGGCAGCCAGGCCGCACAGGGCAGGGGGCGGCGGGCGCGGGGUCUGCGGUCUCCGGAGCCCCGAUGUGAGGCGGCGGCGCCCCCGGCCCGAGCGCGCACCAUGGGGGCCCCGCUCGCGGUGGCGCUGGGCGCCCUCCACUACCUGGCACUUUUCCUGCAACUCGGCGGCGCCACGCGGGCCGCCGGCCACGCGCCUUGGGACAGCCAUGUCUCCGGCCACGCCUUGUUCACGGAGACGCCCCACGACGUGACGGCGCGGACGGGCGAGGACGUGGAGAUGGCCUGCUCCUUCCGCGGCAGCGGCUCCCCCUCCUACUCGCUGGAGAUCCAGUGGUGGUACGUGCGCAGCCACAGGGACUGGACCGACAAGCAGGCGUGGGCCUCCGGCCAGCUAAAAGCAUCUCAGCAGGAAGACACAGGGAAGGACGCGACCAAAAUAAGUGUGGUCAAGGUGGUGGGCAGCAACAUCUCCCACAAGUUGCGCUUGUCCCGGGUGAAGCCCACGGACGAAGGCACCUACGAGUGCCGCGUCAUCGACUUCAGCGACGGCAAGGCCCGGCACCACAAGGUCAAGGCCUACCUGCGGGUGCAGCCGGGAGAGAACUCCGUCCUGCACCUGCCCGAAGCCCCUCCCGCCGCCCCCGCCCCGCCCCCGCCCAAGCCGGGCAAGGAGCUGAGGAGGCGCUCGGUGGACCAGGAGGCCUGCAGCCUCUAGACUGAUGCCCGCCCGCGCACGCUGUACAGAGAGCAUGAGGAGCCGCUGGCCCGCCGGGGACCGGACUGCCUGCGUCCAGCCGCCUUCCCGCCCCCGGGCCGCCUGUGGCCACCGCGCCGGCCCUCUGCCCGCCACCCCUUGCUCAGCAUGUAAGCCCCCACCCGCCCCUUUGAGACCCCUG